GAUGACAGUGAAGCUGAAGAGUGGGGAGGAAAGGUUGAAGAAGCCAAAUAAGAGAACCCCAGAAGCCGAGGAAGAGGACGAGGGCGCCGGAGAAGUGGAAGAGCCAGAACAGAAAGGGGGAGACCCGCUCAUUCCUGAGACCCCCGACCAGGAGGCCAAGGAGGUCCUGACCCCCAAAGGCCAGCAGGACCAGCAUCAUUUCCUCAGGUCCAGCGUCCGACCGCACAGCAAGCGGCAGAGGAGAGACGACUGCGGCAACGAGAAAGCCGCCGCCGCCAAAAGCAAAGGAUUGGACAGUGCCACUCCGUCUUCACCGAGCUGCUCUACCGGAACAACCCCCAGUACCACAAAAACAUCUAGCCGAAAUGCAGCGCCAUCUGCUGGGGAGAAGGAUGAGGGCAACAAGAAGAAGGUUCGGAGGCAGUGGGAGUCUUGGAGCACGGAGGACAAAAACACUUUCUUCGAGGCCCUUUAUGAACAUGGGAAGGAUUUUGAAGCCAUUCAGAACAACAUCGCACUCAAGUACAAGAAGAAAGCUAAGCCAGUCAGCAUGGUAAAGAAUAAGGAGCAGGUCCGCCACUUCUACUACAGAACGUGGCACAAGAUCUCCAAAUACAUCGACUUCAACAAUGUAUUUUCUUGUGGUCUUAAGAAGUCAUCACAGGAGCUUUAUGGCCUCAUCUGUUACGGGGAACUGCGGAAAAAAAUUGGGGGAUGCAUGGAUGAUAAGAACGCUGCCAAGCUGAAUGAGCUGAUACAGUUAGGAGCAACCACUGUGCGGUACAAGGGAAGGAACUUGCGGAUUAAGGCUCCUAUGUGCCGAGCGUUGAAGAAGCUUUGUGAUCCUGAAGGGAAGACAGGACUGAGUGAUGAAGAGGAUCAGAAACCAGUGCGAUUGCCUCUGAAGGUACCUGUGGAACUUCAGCCAAGGAGUAACCAAGCCUGGGCACGUGUACAGAGCCUGGCCCAGAACCCACGCCUUAGGAUGAUAGUGGAGCUGCACAGAAAAGUCUCCAGUCUCAUAGAGUUCCUGAAGCAGAAGUGGGCACUACAGGAGGUCCGCGUUAGGAAAUCCCUAGAGGAUCCGCAGCUGGCAGAGGUGGAGGACUCCAAAGAGGACUUGUACCUCUUUCCACCUGAAUCUGCACAGUUGUCUCCUUUACCAGGUGUGGCUAGGGUGGUCCACUCUAAAGCUUACUGUACCGUCCACUGGCAAGAGUCUGGCAAGUGCAAACAAAGCUCCAAGGAUGCUCUCCUGCCACCUGCACAGAUUUUAGGUAUUCAGACUGGACAAGGGACAGUGCGGGUGCAGCUGAAGUGCCCACGUGGUAGCAUUGACACUAAACAAGCAAACAAAAUGGAAACGGCAAGCAAUGCAACAGCAGACAGGACUGCAACAAUAGAGAAUGGACCUGGAGAGAACAUGGUUUGCGAAGGGGUGGCAGAUGGUCCAAAGACCCCUGACGAAGCCCCUCCAGAAAACAUGGAUACAUCAGCCAAUCCAGACACACCUAGUGAAGCUCCUGGCUGUGAGCUGCCAAUUGUGGAUGAACUGUCGAUAAGUGACCCUUUUCCCCGUUACCUGAAGUCUUGCCAAGACCUCAUUGUUCCAGAAGGUAGCCCUUCAGCAGCAAAUGCUGUGAUAAGCCCCCCCAUAUCUCCCAGUACAAACCCCAAAAUCUCUGGCCAGGUAGCUUCUCCCAGCCAGGAAAAAGCUGAUGUUCAGACUGCAAACCCUCAGCCGGAGAAUUGCACUACACAACCUUCAGGAACGGACUCUCAGGUGAAGGAGCAGAGUGGUUCAUCCAAAGCUCCCAAAGACAACUCUAACCAGCUCACUGAGCAGCUGCGUCAGGAGGGCUGGAACCAACGCACUUCAGAAAACCUGACACUAGCCGAGGUCUACCUCAUGUUGGGAAAGCCGGGCAAGUUACAGCUUGAGUAUGAGUGGAUGGAUCCCAACAAUUCUGAUGAUCCUGAAUGCCCACUACGCCACAAACAGAGACUUCUCAAUUGUCUUUUAAGACUCAUUGCUACAGAAGUGAACCCUAAAACUUCCUCGCAGACACCAGAAACAACCUCUGUUGCCACUUCCCUUAUGAAGCAGCCAGUUCAGGAACAGACCCUCACUCCACCUGGUAAGGUCAUCACCCUGCUGUCUCGAAACCCUGACUGUCUGAGGACGCAGCCUGCACACAUCCACACAACGUUCUCUCCGCCUUCUAAUACCUCAGGUUUCAGGAAUUUAUCUCGUCCCCUUGUCUUCGGUGGUCCCUUGGGGUCUGUAACAACCAGCAGCGAUGGGGCAGUUUUUGCUGUUCCCACCAUGCUGCCCCCUAACAGUCGGCACACUAAGAUCUCUUCCCCAAGCAAAGAUACUGAGGUGACAGGCCGCCAGCAAUUGGAUGCUAUCAGUUCUGAUUUCUUCUUGCCGAAGCCCAAGAAACAGAGGAGCAGGCAUCUUCGGAAACCUUUAGUUGUCCAGAGAACACUCCUCCCACGGCCGUCUGGCAGCUCCUUGCCGCAUGUCUGCUCCUUUUCAAUCCUCUCAAAUUCAACAGUAGCAGGAAGAGGCUCCUUCAGGCCAAUCCACUCCACCCUUGGUAAAGCUGUCUCCCAGCCGAUUGUUCCCAAAGGGUUGGCAGCCUCAACUAGCAAUACCAGUGCUAUUGACUUAGCUGCUAAAAGUGCUGGAAUUAUCCCAGGCACUUCAUUACCAGUUCUCGAAACCGAUGGCUUAGUAGGCAUUGGUCCUUUGCCCUCAGAGGGUUUGACUGGAACGGUGGCAGACCACAAUGUAGAGGGUACAAGUGGGGACCCUAUACCAGCAGUGACUGUGUGCCCUGAGGUUCCUUUCAUUGCUCUUACUACACCUCCAGUACAAGAAUCAGCCCAGCCAUUUCAGCCAUCAUCCAUCUUGUCCUUACCUCACAUUUCCCAGAGUCCUCUAGAGAAUGGCCCUCCAGAGCCAUCCAAUUGCACGCCCAGUAGCUCCUGUCUGUCACCCCCAAAUGUCUCUGCUUUGUUGGAUAUCUCCCUGCCUGGCCCUCCUGAUGAUGUCCUUUCACACGGCGAACCUGCAACACACAUCAGUGAUUCCAUCAUUGAGAUAGCCAUAAGCUCUGGACAGUACGGGGAAGCUGUGCCCCUGUCACCGGCCAAGCUAGGUGAGAACUCGAAGAGUCUUCCUUCCCCGUCCUCCAGUCCUCAACAGAGCUGGAUCGCCUCCCCCAGCCAUGACCCUCAGUGGUAUCCCAAUGACUCCACGGACUCCUCGCUCAGCAGCUUAUUCUCAAGCUUCAUUUCUCCAGACAAGAGUAAGAAGAUGGCUCCGUCCGCCACAGGAAACGCCAGUGGCACAUCUCUGCUGGGCCCCAGUUUACUAGAUGGAAGUUCUAGAGAUUCCUUUGUGUCCCGUUCUCUGUCGGAUGUUGUUGAGGUUGUCGAUUCACAUCUGGCCUGCCUGAUGAACGAAAACAGUAUAGAUUACAUCUCGCGCUUCAAUGACCUGGCCCAGGAGCUUUCUGCUACAGACACUGUACGCCGCGAAAUUCCAUUUGAAGCUGGAGCCACUGGGAGUGAGCAGCCCAUCCGGGACUUGUCGUAA